GGGUAUGAAUAGUGAUUGGGAGAGGUGUGAGAAAACUGCAAUUUAGAGAAUUUCUAGUCAUGGAAGCAGUUUUUCGGAAAAUUGCACAAGAUACUACCAAGUUUAACUUGGGAGACGAGGAUGCAUGGCGCGAGCUGUACGAACCUCUGUAUGAGCCUCUCUCCCCGAAUGUUGAGAUUAUCAGAGAUGAGCGUUACGGACCGGCGGAGCGAAACAGACUUGACGUUUAUAUCCCCAAAGACGAGGCCGCGGAUAAGCCCGUUCUUCUCUACGUUCAUGGCGGCGGGUUCUUCUCUGGAGACAAGGCGUGGAGUGAGAAGUGUUAUGCGAACAUUGGGAAUUUCUUCGCGCGUCACGGAAUCAUCACUGUCCUGGCCAACCAUCAACUUGUCCCCCACGUCCAAUACCCUGGAGGCGCGGACGACAUACAGUUAGUGCGGGAGUGGAUUUAUAACAAUAUCUUCCAUGAGAAAUUUGGCAAAGGCUCGGUGAAUAAAGUCAUCCUCCUGGGCCAUUCCUCCGGAGGAGCGCAUAUAGCAUCUAAUCUCUACGCAGCAGGGGACCCAGGCAGAAAAUCACAAAAUGCCGUUUUCCCCCCAGUUGCGGGAAUCAUGUACUUCAGCGUUCCUUUCUGGUUUGACCGCAGGAAGCCUUUGCGACAGAAGACCAUCCGAAGCUACUUUGGAUCGGAUGAAGAGGAGGUGUGGGGUCCAAAAUGCGCUUUGGGCCUCUUUAGAGGGCUCCCUGACGAUUCUCCCCUGCUAGAUGUUAAUAAAUACCCAGUUUAUCUGGGAUCAGUCAAGUGGGAGGUACCCGAGACAGCAGAUGCUACAAUUGCAUUUCUAAACGCCUACCGAGAACGAAGCAAACCUGCCCACAGCCUGCCCGUUGUGCAUAUACUUGACAAGCACAAUCAUAUUAGUAACAUCCUAUCUAUUGGAACCGAGGAUGAUUCACAGAGUAAGAUGAUUUUGGACUUUAUUCAGUCAUGUUUGAGCAAUGUAGCCCGACUGGAAGCCGAGUCCAAAUCCAAGAUUUAGGAACAUACAAGAUAAAGAGACAUGAUUAGUUGUUGAAGUCUGCCGUCCUCACGAGAGAAAGAUAUAC